AUGAGGAGAAGACCAGGACUGUUGAGAAGCAAAUCCGAACAGACUGCUAGAGAAGCCAUUCAUAUUCUGAAAGAUUAUGGAUUUACUGAAGACCAACUUAAGAGCGCCAUUCUUAGUAACCCAACGAUUCUUAUGCUCAAAGUGGAUGCGCAGUUGAAGCCCAGGAUGGAAUUUCUGAAAAAUUUGUGCUUGGCUCCUGAAGACAUGCCAGUUAUUAUAUCUCGUUGUACCAGACUUUUUGAUUCCAACAUAGAAAAGUGUCUCGCUCCUAAUAUCCUCCAUCUUAGAAGCUUAUUUGGCUCAAAGGACGAUCUGUGCAAGGCUGUCAGAUGGGCACCUCAGUUUCUGACAAGAGAUUUCAAGAAGCAUGUGAUACCUAGAGUGGAGUACGUGAAGAAUGAUUUGGGCAUUCCAGAUGGCUCCGCAGCAUUUGUGCGAGUCCUCGGUGUGGUUCUACGCCUUAGUUUCGAAAAUCUGGAAGAUAAGACUGAGAAUUUGGCGAGCCUUGGUCUGGCAGCGGAGGAGAUUCGUCAAAUUCUUCGGGGUAAUCCUAGGGUUCUUCAGAGUUCAACUAAGAAAAUAAAGGAAAAUAUGGAUUUCUUUAUACACACUGCAGGUCUGAUGCCCGAGAUUGUUGCUUCACGUCCAAUGAUCCUGAAUUCCAGCGUAGAGAAAGCGCUCAAACCCCGCUUUGAAUUUUUCAAAUAUCUGAGGACAAAUCCACACUGCAAGAGUCCACCUAGUCUGGUUGAUUUUCUUACAUCAAAAUAUUAUGUUGCUUUUACUCUAAUAAGCGCUACUCUAAUUCCUGCAUGGAAGCAAUUCUUAGAGAAACAAGACUUUGGUUGGCUUGAAUACCUAGUAUUUGAUGCACGGUGUGCCAUUCACCACGAAAAACAAAAGCUUGAAGGUGGUUAUGAGGAGAACUUUGAAAACAAUGGAGAAGAUAUACAAGAAAGUGAAAUUCAAGCUGUAGCUCGCUAUGUGAAUGGCCUAAAGUUCCAACUUGAGGUCAAGCUCACAUUAGUGAAAAUUAGUACAGUGGAUGAAGCUUAA